AUGGUGUAUAUUCCUGUCGAGAUCUCCCUCUUCUCCGCCCAUGACAUCGUCGAUGGAUCCCUCUCGUCCUCCCAGGCCGAGAUCUUCGCUUACAUCGUCCUGACUGUGGGAGAUGAAGUCUACGGAUAUCAGAGGAUGCCGGCUGCGGAUUUCGACGGGGAAAACCUUCUGUGGAGAUCCACGGCGAAAUUCGCCGUCCCCCAGGAGAGCUGGAACUAUCAGAACAUUCACAUCCUCCUGCGUAAAAGGAGCCGUGGCAGGGAAGACGACGUCGGCUACGCCAGGAUAUCCGUCGAGGAUCUCUCCGAAAAGGCCUCCGAGAUUUCUGCCUCGCUGUGGGGCUCUACGUUCUCAUUCACCUGUGACAUCACGACGACGGGCGGUGUUCAGAGCGGCUCGCUGAGUCUUGCGUUAAGGUACGGGGGGGAGGAUGCUGGCGACGAAUAUGCCGGUGUAACUGCGGAGGGGAAGAAUCUGAAGAAGAUACAACUCCUCGCUUUAUUAUUGAUGGGAUUGCUGGCUUGGUGGCUGCUCCGCCGCAUGGUAUGCGAGGUACGCGCCGCCCUCAAUCCUGGACCAUCGCAGGCAGCGGGAUCGCGCUCUCACUGGCGGGCGAUUCUGCUACUGGAAGUCCUGCUUAUUGUGCUAACCAGGCUCUAA